AUGGAACUGGUUCGACAAUGCCUGUUUAGUCGUAUCUUUCGUCGAACUUCUCGUGACCUACAUCGCGGACCCCACGCAGGAUGGGCAAGGAGGCUUCAUGUUGAUGCGGAUGCUACGUCUUGCCAGACUUGCUCGCCUGGUCAGGCUGAUGCGUUUCCGCAUGUUUCGAGAGCUGAAGCUGAUGGUGCUGGGCCUUUUCUCUGGGCUCCGUGCCCUCUGCUGGGCGAUUGUGCUGCUGAUGUUCAUCAUCUAUACGAUUGGGGUUCUCAUGCG